GUUAGAGUUGCGCACCUUUUUCGACACACUUUCUUAGACUGGUGACCUACAUACUAGUCGGCCUAGCCACUUGUACAGAUCAAUUCGAACUGGAAUGUAAUUACUUACAGCAGCGUCACAUGAUGGCAUGAUAGACCUGGUUACUCUGCAGUGCGUCUUGAUCAGACCAAGAUAAGCGAAAGCUUCGUCGCGGCCAAGUUGCUGUAUUAUCAGUCCAGAUAUCCUGCAUGUAUCCGCAGAUCAGUACUGUAAGCAAAACCGAAUUCAGUGUUCGUACGUUGGUGUCAGAACGUGACACAAAACUGGCCCGAAACACAGAUGUCGUCAUCACACUUGUUCCGUCGCUUGGGGAUAGGAAGAGUGUGAUGAGUAAUAGCUUUAGUCCAAUACCUUGGAAGAUCCUUACGUUCCCAGCCUAUAGCACUACAUACCGUUCAGUUACUAUACACUCAGAGAUUGCCGUGUGCACAGUCAAGGAAAAGGAAAAUGGUGUCCUGAUCCCCCAGCUUAGUGAAAUACUUACGAAAGGUGGCGAAAUCGUACUCAAGUUGGCGCAGAAGGAAGGCGGGUUGUAUUGGGAGUUAGCUUUUCCUCCUCCGCCUCAUAUUGAAAAGAACGUCCACGAUAGUAACAGGAGCAUCACUGGAGAACCAGUAUAUGUCUCAACCGAUUUCGGGGAUAAGCACGGUGACCGACGAGUCACGGUCGCCUCCGAUGUGUUGCAGCAGACUGCACGAACUCAAACUACACCUGCAUUUGCCAAGGACAAUUUCAUAAUCAAGAAUGAGUACGAGGAUACCAGGCUUGCUCUAUGCUUAACCGAAGAGGACGGUCAACGUCUGCUUAUCGUUGAUUUGGGCACACUCCCAAAGAAUAAAAGAUUCACAAUCAGUGGGCCGUUAUAUCUACAAGCCUACUCCAUGGCAGAACAAAUGGUGGGAAAGCCGCUCGAUUUGACAGAUUGUGCUCCAUUACUGGGACCUAUGGCUAUAGUCGAUCUCCCCGAGUCUGCAUUCAUACUUUAUACCAAGCGAAACGGGUCAACCAUGCUUAAGCAGCCCUAGUGUCUUGCAUUUCAAAAUGGAACAGCACAGAGGUUCGCAAAUAGCGAUGGGCCGCCACCGUUGUUACAUACCGGAUUUCAAUGCGA